AUGUCCGAGUCAACGCUUCGCAAGCGCUCGCGUUUAGCCUGCACUUUGUGUCAGUCGCGAAAGCGUAAAUGUUCAGGUGGGCAACCUUGUAGCACCUGCGCCCAAACUGGAGCGGAAUGCCAAUACAAUGCACGCAAGAAACGCGCCAGAUCCCAUAGUCUGUACCAGGCGAGUCUUCUCAGUGAACGACCUACAGAUGGCUUGUCCAAUGCAGUUCCAAAUACUAUCAGUGCCGCAGCCAACGCUACGGCCAAUUCUGGCGCCGCGUUUGUUCGCAAACUUGGGCUUAAAAUUGACCCGGCACAUGCACCACGAUUGCAAUUAUUUGCCUGGAACGUCGGUGAGAGACGGUUAUCACCAACAGUAUCGUCGGCGCUUCCAUCAAUACCUGUCACGGCGCCGACACCAACGACUAUCACCAAAAUCAUAUCCCAGGAAGAGAUGCGGCGGCUAGCAGCGAUUUAUUUCGAGAAGGUCGAUUUAUGCUAUACAUUUCUGGACCGCAAGAUGAUAUUUACUCGAAUCGCAAAGCGCUGGAAAUCUUCGUCGUCUCCCAUUGAUUCUGCGGAACAGCCAUAUGAUGCUGUACUAUGCGGUGUAGCUGCCUUCGGGUAUCUAUUUUCGCGGCGCGAGAUCAUAGCAAUGGAAGUCCGACUCAUUGAUACCGCGCGCAUUCUAUUGGAUAAGAGUAUCCUCGCAGCGGAAACACCCUCGAUCGACAUAGUGACAGGGUGGGUGUUGCGUGCUGCGUAUCUACGCAUGACAGCCUCACCACAUGCUGCAUGGAUGGCCAGUUGUACACUAAUGCAUCUUAUCGAAGCUGCAGGAUUGCACCUUGACACAUCAGAUCCUGAAGUAAUAGACAUUCUCCAAGCAUCUCCGCCCGAGACACACGGUAGCCGAGAUGGCGACAUAGGACACCAGGGCACCAGCGACCCCGAAACCAGGCGAAGACUCUUUGGCAUGGCUCGCCACCUCAACACAUGGAUUUCCUUCGACCUCGGCCGCUCCCGCGUUGUUCUCCACGGCGCCACAGCUCUCUCUCCUACAAGCACACCCCCAUCCCGCAACCCGGCACAGCAAGCACCACCCCGAGUCCCACGCGCAGACCUCUUCCACCUUCUCCCACUCUCCGAAAACCUCGACCCAACAGGCCCGUCGCCACAAGAUCUCCCAGAACUCGAAACAGCCCUCACAUCCGUCAUGGAUCUUCUCUACUCCGAACCCUCGCUAAUCUUAGUCCAAUGCAACCUAAUGCUAUGCAUUUAUCGCCGCCUCCGUGCUCUAAACCCACACGGCCCAUUAUCCUCAAAUCUCCUUGACCGCGUCCUUGCACUAGCGGGUCGCGGGCUCCGUGCCGCACGAGGAAUGGUAGCCUCCACCUGCCCCUGGCACCAAGUUGCCAACGUCCCAUUUCAGGUCGUCUGCUCACUUCUAGCGAUUGACAAUCGGGCUGCGUUGGCGCUGCUCGCUGAUGCAAUGCGGACUCUGCAUGAAGUUCUCGCUGCCUAUGAUACACCUUCUAUGCGUGAGGCGUAUUCUACAGCAUAUUUACUUAUUGCGUUGCAUCAGCGGCGAAAGGAAGAUGAUACCCGUGCUCUCGCUGAGGUGUUGCGGGUCAAUGCUGCUGCCGCGGCCCCAGCGGACGAUCAGAAUGGUAGGCCGGUUGCACGGACGGUGGUCACCGACCAGAGCCAAAAGCAGGAGCAGGAGCAGACCGCGCCAGAUUUGCUGGUAUCAGAUGCGGAGUUCUCAUGGCUGGGUGAUUUGAUGAUUGAUAUGCCAAGUCUGCAAAACUUUGAUCUGGACCAAUUUUUAAUGACUGAUGUCCCAUGGCCUUUACCUGAGAUGGGAAUUUGA